AUGGAUCUCGCUGAGGAGACCAGGCCAACACACAGAAAUGACCGACCGAGGGAGUGGAAAGGUCUUCGAUGGGGGUCUGGGAAGAGGAAUCAGGAUGGGGAUGGGGAUGAGCGCGUCGCCGAUGGUCGUCUGCGGGAGGGGGGUUUAGCAAUGGGUGUGUGGCCUGAGCUGGUGGGUGCUGGGUGCAGGUGGAUGGGAUGGGAUGGAUGGUACGGUGGUGGAGGUGGAGGGUGAAAAAGCGUGCGGUGCAGGAGCAGCAGGCAGGGAGACAGCUACAUAUGAUAUGCGGAGUAGGUGUGGGUGUAGGUGUGGGUAUGGGUGUGAGUGUGGGUGUGGGUGUGGGUGUGGGUGUGCCCUUUUUCGAUCUUGUGAAGCUCCUGCCACAGGGCCUGGGACUGGCCGCUUGUUUCGCUGCUGAGAGAUGGGACGGCGCGGUUGACCAGGGGGCGAACGAGGGUCUCCACGGAGGGGAGGCCCAAGAAGGUUAGAGGGGUCGAAAGGGGGGAGGCUCGGGGGGUUUGGGUUCAAAUUAGAGGGCAGAAGGUUCGGAGAACGUCAGAGAGCCAACCUGGUGAUGGGGAGACGAGUCUCCCUCAGCAGCCUGGACGGGGAGGAGAGAGAGAGGUAGAAGAGGAGGAAGAGGAAGAAGAGGAAGACCUUUUAGUGACCGUCGACAGAGACUCAGACUCAGACUCAGACUCAGAGACAUCAGAUCCGCAUCAGGCCAAGCAACGCUGGACUCGACUCGACAACGAUGUCGGGGCUCAACGGGUAGACAUGCGGGCCACCACCGAUGACAGCGGUCGAGGGCAGGAAAAUGGAAAGCAGCUUUCAACCCGUCCGUACUCAUACGAGCUGCGCAAGGACAAGGGGGGCGAAUGGGAGCUUUGGCCUGAGAGGAGAGGAGAGAGUAGGUAG